GCCCAUCCCUUCCCAGUUCCCAGUUUCCUUCACAGCACUCUUUUCUUAACUGUUUCUAACCCCUUCAGCUAAGCAUACUGUACUCGUAGUUCCACCUAACCCUUAUUUGCCCUUAUUCCCUAGUUGUAAUUGGUUGUAAUCAGCUGUAAUCAAUUGCGUAAUAUACGAUGUGGUUAUAUAGCACUCGGUGCUUUUGGCCGUCGCAUUUAAAUUGUGUCACCAGUGUUGAAUAGUGUUAUUGAUUGCUAGAGAUUUGUUCAGGACGCUAUAAAAAAAAGAUGGCACCUACCAUUCAAACCAACAGUAAUCAAGCUGACCGGGAUAAACGCGUGGCCAGGCCAGCAGAGAAGCGAUCUGAGCUCAUAUGCAGAGUAAAAUAUUGCAACACACUGCCGGAUAUACCGUUUGACCCAAAAUUUAUAGCUUAUCCCUUUGAACCGACCAGGUUUAUUCAAUAUAAUCCAACCUCAUUAGAGCGUAAUUACAAAUAUGAAGUAUUGACAGAACAUGAUUUAGGUGUAGAAAUUGAUUUAAUAAAUAAGGAUACGUAUGCGGGGGAUCCAAAUGCUCAAUUAGAUCCAGCUGAUGAAAAGCUAUUGGAAGAAGAUGUUCUCACACCUCAAGAUUCUAAACGUUCUCGGCAUCAUGCCAGAAGUGUUUCAUGGUUGAGACGCACAGAAUAUAUUUCCACGGAAAGCACGAGAUUCCAGCCACAAACAGCAGACAAGGUUGAAGCCAAAGUUGGUUACAGUAUCAAGAAGAAUUUCAAGGAGGAAACGCUGUACAUGGACCGUGAGAGUCAAAUAAAAGCUAUAGAAAAGACGUUUGAAGACAAUAAAAAGCCAAUUGAAAGACACUACAGUAAACCAAACGUAGUACCUAUAGAAAUAUUGCCAGUAUAUCCAGACUUUAAGUUGUGGAAAUAUCCAUGUGCGCAAGUUAUAUUUGAUUCUGAUCCUGCACCAACUGGUCGAUCUGUACCAGCACAGAUAGAAGAAAUGUCACAAGCCAUGAUAAGAGGUGUGAUGGACGAGAGUGGUGAGCAAUUUGUAGCUUACUUUUUGCCGUUGGAAGAAACUUUGGAGAAACGCCGACGGGACUUUACUGCUGGUAUCGAUUACGCCGAUGAGGAAGAAUACGAGUACAAAAUGGCUAGAGAAUACAAUUGGAACGUCAAGAGCAAAGCUUCCAAAGGAUACGAGGAGAAUUAUUUCCUCGUGAUAAGACAAGACGGGGUUUACUACAAUGAAUUGGAGACACGUGUGCGACUAAGUAAACGGCGCCAGAAGGUCGGACAGCAGCCAAACAACACGCGCUUGAUAGUGCGUCACCGACCGCUAAACGCCAAUGAAUUCAGAAUGCAAAGAUAUCGAGAAAAACAAUUGGAGCCGCCGGGAGAGGAGGAUGAGGACGAGGAGGAGGAAGAGGAAGAGGAGGAGGAGGAGGAGACUCAACAAGAGAAGGCAGAUAUGGUAGUUAAAGGUUCCGAAGCAGAGAACGAGGAAGGAUCGACGCGUGCGUCGUCAAGAGCAUCCUCGCAGGCGUCCAGUAGAAAAUCGCGAUCUCGUUCCAAGUCUGGCUCAAGAUCGAAAUCAAAAUCGAGAUCAAGAUCUAGAUCUAGAUCAAAGUCGAGGUCGAGAUCGCGAUCGCGUUCGCGUUCGCGUUCGCUGUCGCAGUCACAUUCACCAUCGAAAUCUAGAUCGCCGUCUCGAUCGCGCUCGCGUUCUCACUCACGUUCGCCAUCUAAAUCACGCAGUAAAUCACGAUCACGAUCACGAUCUGGCAGUCCUCAAUCGAGAAACACAUCAAAGUCGAGAUCUAGAUCCAAGUCGAGAUCGCGCUCAAAAUCACCUGCGAAAUCACCAUCGGGAUCUUUGUCGACCUCAUUGUCUGUGUCGCCGUCAAGAUCGAGAUCCGGGACUGGUAGUGGUUCCGCUAGCGCGACCGGCGAAAGUGGCUCCGAGAGCGAAUGAAUCUAAAUGCACGAUCAACAAUACUAAUGUAAUUAGUUCAUUUCCACUUGAAUCAUUAUUUCAACGAAUGUUCGUUUAUACCAUCGAUAUUUUUAAAUAUAGCAGUCCUGCCGAAUAUCAGAAUAAUUGCAUACUGAAAGAAUGAAAAGGAAUUCUUUAAUAAUUAUUAUGAUAAAUAAUCGUUACAGGGUGUUCAGUGGUACGAUCAAAGAAAUAAAUUUAUAUUAGCCAUAUACAUAUAUAUUUUAUGCACUGAGGUAGUUGCUAUGAUAAUCCACAGACAUAAAAAAAAUAUCCAUCGUGUUUCGGAACAGAUGUAGUAAUUAUAUGAUAGUUAAUUUCGCGAUAUACUUUGAUCGGAAAACGAAAUAAGAAAA